CUAACAAAUGGUUAUAACUUUCUUUCUCAUUUGAUUUUGUUCAAGAGAGUUUAUUUUUCGAUCUAAUAACGCGGAAGCCAAUGUUGGGGCCAAACCCUCCUUACUACCUCGCGGGCUGGGAUCGUGAGCGGAUGCUUAACGGCGCCGCUAGCGGUGAAAUCAAUGACUUAACUGAGGAGCAAAAAGAUGUAUUUCGCAAAGGUUUACGAGCCGACCUGGGGGAGCAAGGAUUCGACGAAUUUUUCGACGAGAUGUUCAAACGGGAACUAGUCGCGUCAGGCAAAACCCCUGUGGAAAUCGUUAGGGAACCACCGUUUAUGCAGGCCAUGCGCCUGUGCGCAGAACGCGAUAUGCGCUGGGACCAGUGGGGCUUUGUUAUCUUUAAAAGCCCCGAGAUUAUUGACGCGUCGCGCUGGGAAGCUUGCAAACAGCGGUUUUUGCAAAUUGUGGAUGGUUCAAUCGGCUUUUAUCGUGGGUAUGAUGGACUUGAUGAAUGCAUCCAGAAGAUGAAAUUUCAAUGGGUAGAAGACGUUGGAGAAGCAAACGGCAGUCCCGAAUCUAUUGCGCGAAAAUACUCGUCUAGCUCUUCACCACCAGGCCUGGACCAUAGCGUAUGCCUAUACAUCACGCCGUCGUCAAUGGAUUCGAUACUCGACUCGCCCGAUCCCUCGUCUUCCAAACGCCGAUAUAGAAAAGAGAUUCCUUUCGUCAUUGCUGUUUCCAGAGGAGCUGGUGAACCGCAUCUAACUAUGGAUGAAGACGAAGCUGGCUACGGCUGGCGUGGUUAUUUUAAUGUAGCCGUUGAAACAUUGUUCGAUUCCCUAUUCCCUAUUGUUGCGCACGACUCGAGGGCACCUUUCGAAAUUGGUGGUCGUGUUUCGGGCGAAGACAUCUGGUGCGAUCAUACAAGAUGGGGUGUGCACAAAGCCGGCAUAGGUUAUUGCGACAGAAGGCAACUCAGGUGAGUAGCGGGAUUAUGGGCUGGCACUGUAUCGUCUAAAUAUCAUUUGAUAUGCCCUGUCGGAUUGAUCUAGUUUUGGCUUGUAAGUGCUAGAAUUGGUGAAACGGUAGG